CGUGAGGUUGGGUUAUUGUGACAUGGCCUGCCCUUGACACUGGACACGGGGCUCCUGCUUCGUCAGUGGUGCUGUGUUGUAGUGUAAGGAUGUGCGUGUUCUUUGUCAUCUGUGUUCCUUAUCUGCGGUGGUGAAACAAGGGGAAUGGUUGGCGAGAUGGCGGAGUAGUGAACCAAACUACAGGAUAUACUUGAAUAUCAAAACUAACGAGGCAACAUCGAGACGUGUAGGAAUAAUCAGUGAACAGCCAAACAAGUGCUACGCAACAGACCAGCGCGCAGUGUGGCCUGUGAGGGGAGUCGCCGCGAGGGACAAGGGCUACCAGUUCGGCGAGACGCAGACCAGCCUCGUCAGGAUGGAGGCAGCUGGAUGUGGUGUGGACGCCUUGGUGACACUGACGAAGGUUGUGUCUGCCGCAGGGGGGGCCGCGUGUCCGUGUGUAUGGGCUGCGCUGCCGUCAUCCACGACCAGUAUAUUCUGCGCGUCGCCCCAGACAUGGAGUGGCACGCUGCCUGCCUCAAGUGUGCCGAGUGCCAACAGUUCCUUGAUGAGACCUGUACUUGCUUCGUGAGGGACGGCAAGACUUACUGCAAGAGGGACUACGUCAGGCUGUUCGGCGCCAAAUGUGAACGCUGCGGCGGGGGCUUCAGCCGAACAGAUAUGGUGAUGCGAGCGAGGGCCAAAAUAUUUCAUCUCGACUGCUUCAGGUGCAGAUCGUGCGGGAAGCAGCUGAUGCCAGGAGACGAGUUUGCGCUCCGGGACGACGUGCUCUUCUGCCGACAUGACUACGACGCCAUCAAGGAGGAGGCGCGGGACGGCGACCUCACCGACGACAACCACAACACCGACCCUGCGUGCCCCGUGCAGUUAGCAGAGGAGCCAGAACCCGCCGUGGGGCAGACGGGGACGCGGACGGGCAGCGGGGAGCGCCCUGACCGAGGCCCCCGAGCGGCGGCACCCCAACGACGCCGGCGAGUGGGGGAGGGGCGCCGCCGCUGGGCCUGGCGCGGCGGGAGUCGUCUGGCAGAGUGCACAAAAGUGGGGAAGCCGACCCGCGUGCGGACAGUGCUGACCGAGAAGCAACUCCAUACGCUGAGAACCUGCUACGCCGCCAACCCGCGCCCUGACGCCCUCAUGAAGGAGCAGCUGGUGGAGAUGACUGGCCUCUCUCCGCGCGUGGUGCGGGUGUGGUUCCAGAACAAGAGGUGCAAAGACAAGAAGAAAGCCAUGUUUCUCAAGCAGGCGGCGCAGCAACAUGAGAAGAGCGGACGGUUCGGGACGUACAGCGUAAUGCAAGGGAUCCCUCUGGUGGCCUCCCCAGUGCAGACCGACCCACCCUCCGCGCCCCUGGACGUCACCGCCUACCAACCACCCUGGAAGUCCCUCACUGAGUUUGCCCUCACCCACGACUUGGACCGCCUGGACCCCACCACGCCCCAGUACCAGCACAUGAUCCAGCAGAUGCACGGGUAUGGCCUGGACCACGAGACGGGCCUGCCACACCUGCAGCUGCCGCAGUACAUGGAGGAGGGCGGCCCCAUGGGACACCCAUACGGCCACCCGCCCUCCAACCCCUCCGCCCAGUACCCCGGCACGCCCUCCGAGCUGUCCUCCACCUCCAGCGACUAGUGGAGGGCCGGGGCGCUGCUCCACCUGCUGGGUGUGAUGAGCAGGAGGCUCGCCCCCACCUCUCCGCCAAGCCUCCCUCCGCCCCCCAUUGAUGACGCCACCGACAGCCCCUUCCCCUGAGGCACGCCGUGCCCCGGGGAGAGGCCGCAGCCACAGCGGGGCCUCGCUGCCACCACCGUGCCGCCACUCGCAUCUGUCUAACAGGUGCGGGGGCGCCGCCACCCAUGGCCGCCUCAUUCUUAGAGUGUGAGGCUCCGCGCUGUGCCGCCACACGGAGACUCCGCCGGCACGCUGCGGGGAGGCUGCGAAGCGCCUCCCCGCCUCUGGAGGCGUUCCCCGGGGCUGCCAAGAUUCACCCUGUAAGCCAAGGCACGGCCGCCCUGCCUGCGGAGGCCUCUGCCAGGCAGAGGAGCGGCUGGGCGGCGCGGCGCUCCCCAGGGCAGUAGGACGGGGAGCACAGCCCCAGGCGUGACCCGACGGACACAGGUGUCUCAAAGGUGACACUUUUGAUAUACUAGCGAAACUUGUGAUCCAGAUAUUAAGUUUGUGGUGCGGGCAUGAACCAAGUGAUCCCGGUGCCGCGUGGUGCCGCCACAGCCGCGGUGCAGGUGGUGUGCUCAUAACGACGCGCCACGCAGGGUGAAGUGUGACCCGCGACCCACGAGACUGAAGCAGAAUACCUUUGUCACUGCUGCCACUGAACUAACGCCACGUGUGUGUGUGUGUGUGUGUGUGUGUGUGUGUCAGACGGUCGGACAGACAGAGCCAAAGUAUAAAAUUGAUGAAAUCUAGAAUUGAAUUAGAAAAUAGAGCAAAAUUAGGACGAACGGAAACAAAAAAAAUAAAUAAAUAAAAACAAUCUCAUGACUUUCUAGUCGACAGCACGUGCCAUAACACACACACACACACACACACACACACACACACACACACACACACACACACACACACACACACACAAAUACAGCAUAACGAAUACAAAUAGCAAUAAUAAUGAUGACAAUUAUUAACGAUAGCAAUGAUAAACGUUGAUCGGAAAAAUACGAUGUAAAAUAAAUGAGAAGGUGACACGGAGAGAGAGAGAGAGAGAGAGAGAGAGAGAGAGAGAGAGAGAGAGAGAGAGAGAUUUUCACACACACACAUACACACACAUACACACACACGAAUGGUAGUGAAACGAAACGAACCAUGAAGAAAUAAACAGUCGCUUCACUAACCAGCCAAAUCUGAGGAAACGAAUAACAAAAACAAAUAAAUAAACGCUAAGGUGACGAAAAAAAAAUAAUAAAAACUUCAGUGUUGCUAAAAAUAAAAUGAAAACGUGUGAAAAAAAAAUGAAAAAUGUGCUGAAAAAUUAUAAAUGAUGUGAAAGCAACAAAAGGCACGCUGGCAACUCUGUUAAUAAUUCAUGUCUGUCUGGCCGAGUGUUUCAUCGACAGACGAACGAACAGACAGACAGACGGACGGAGGAGUAGACAGGGAGGGAGGGAAAGCUAACUCCUACAGCCCCCCCCCAUCCUCCCUCCCUCACCUCCCCUCCCUCCUGAUGCUGCUGCCAUAUAUUCCUUCAGUGAAGGAGCCCCGCCCCUCCCUCGCCCCCCGGGGCACCCCACCCCCGCCCCCAGGCCCCCGCUGACCUUUGAGCGCCCCCGCCCCACCGCCUCCACCACAUCCCUCUCAUCCAUCCACGCCGCCAUCUUGUCAGCUUCAUCCAGGCUCAAAGAUUCUAGACACGUUUAAAAGAUUCCAAACACAUUUUUGUUACUACUACUACUACUACUACUACUACUACUAUUACUACCAUUAUCACCAUCAUCACAAUUACCAACAUCAUAAUCACUUUUUGUUGCUGUUAAAUUCUUUUCUUUAUUUUAUUUGCACUUUAUUUCAUUUACAUCGGUCUGCCCUUCAAGCCGGGAAGAAAAGACACGGUAAUCUGGCGAAUAUUUUUUUUUUUCCCGCCAAAAAAAAGAUACGAUCUAAAAUAGACAAAGUUGUUUUUUUCCUUGAAGGUUUUCUUAUUAUUGUUAUUCUAAUUAUCCUCUCCUCCUCCUUUAUCUUUUUCUUUCUCUUUCUUAUCUUUUCCUUUUUCCUUUCUUCUUCUUCUUCUUCUUCUUCUUCUUUUUCUCCUCUAUUUCUCCUUUUCUCUUUUUUUUCUUCUCGUCGUCCUCCUCCUCCUCCUCCUCCUCCUCCUCCUCCUCCUCCUCCUCCUCCUCCUCCUCCUCCUCCUCCUCCUCCUCCUCCUCCUCUUUGUCAUCAUUGCUAAGUGACACAAUAUUCCGCUAAUGGACAUAAUUUCCUCUUUUUCUCUUUAUUUCCGCUGCGUCUAGUCUAGCGUCCUUUUUUUUUUCUUUGCUACACCGUCAGUAUAAAAAGCACCACUCAUUUAUGCGCCGAAGAUAUACCGAUGGUCUCCCGGCUGAUAACGAAACCUGUUGUCCACGUGACUGUCUUGCUGAGGCCGCCCGUGUGUCAGUCUCUCUUCCAAAGACCUUUUUUUUUUUUUUUUUUUUUUUUUUUUUUUUUUUUUAAGGGGUAUUUUUUUUUUCCUAGUUUCAUGAUUCGGUCUUGUUUUCCUUUUUUUUUCCUUUUUUUCUUCUUCUGCUAAUGAUAAUGUUUUACUGAUUUUCUUCUACUACUACUACUACUACUACCACCACUACUACUACUACUACUACUACUACUACUACUACUACUACUACUACCACUACUACUACUACUACUACUACUACUACUACUACCACACACACACACACACACACACACACACACACACACACACACACACACACACACACACACACACACACACACACACACACACACACACACACACACACACACACAUACACCUGUCAAACAUCCAAAUCCAAACCUGCUGCUUAAUUAGCACUUCUACACCUGUUGAGUAACGUUCUUAGUACCUUCUUUCUCACUAGCACACAUCUGUCCUCCAUUCUUAUCACCGCUUAUCAUUAUAGUGCUCCCGAAACACACCUGCACUUCGUUAGCGCUUAUUUACACUUACAAACCUGUAGUGAUUAAUUUUUUUACUUCCACACCUGUUUUUUUUCUAAUUAGCACUUCCUACACCUGUUCUCUUACAUACUUCAUAAAUUUUCCUCAUUUCCACUUCAAAAUAUGUCUUCUGGUUAAUCUUUCCACCCUUUCUCUUAUUUUUUUUUGCAUUUACCCUCUUAAGUCUUUUGUACCCAUCAUCAUCUAUCAUUUAAUUCAUCUUUCAACACCUGUCUAAUGAAUCCAACACGUUAUUUAUAUAUAUUUUUUUUUUCGCAAUUGUUCGUUAACGUCAUAAAACUUAUCAUCAUUACCUGUCUAAUAAGCCCAAUACUUACUGUGAAUAAUGGCUUCACUUCACUGUAGAAAAAAAUGCUAAGUUGUAAUGGUGAUAAUCCAAGUUUUAAAUACGUAUAAAAAUGGUAACUUAUAUUGAUGAUGAGAAUACGAAUCUUAAACGCCAAUUGUGCAGUCAAGAGUUCGGUAACGUUAAAUAAGAAGACUGUGGAGUAAUUGUAAACAUGAAUCUAAAAAAUGAGCUAUCAGUUUACAGCAGGUAGAGAGAGAGACAUAAAUAAAGGAUGUAUAGCGGAGAAAUAGAGAAAAAAAUGUACAAAUGAUAGGAGAAGAGAAAAAAAGCAAUAAACACCGAAUAGGGAGAGAGAGAGAGGAAAAAAAGGAACAGUGAAUAGGGAGAGAGAAAAAGACAAUGUACAAAGGAUAGGAAAAGAGAAGAAAAA